GUCGAAGAUUUUGCUGGAUUUUUGUGGAUUGUUGAUUAUUCUAAAACUGAUUUCAAUAUGAUUACUGUGCUAAAUACUAUAGAUACUGGCCAUGAAGACAUGAUACAUGACGCUGAAUUAGAUUAUUAUGGGUUGAGGCUUGCUACAUGCUCUUCAGAUAAUUCAGUGAAAAUUUACGACAUCAAGAGCGGCACACAAACUCUCGCCGCCGACCUAAAGGGACAUUUCGGUCCUGUUUGGCAAGUAGCUUGGGCACAUCCUAAGUUUGGCAACUUGCUAGCAUCUUGUUCUUAUGACAGAAAGGUCAUCAUAUGGAAGGAAUCUGGGGAAUGGACCAAGCUGUACGAGUAUACCGGUCACGAAAGCUCGGUGAACUCGGUUGCGUGGGCGCCCGCGGAAUACGGUCUGAUCCUCGCGUGCUGCAGCUCUGACGGCUCCAUCUCCAUUAUCACAUAUCAAGAUGGUGGCAAUUGGGAUGUGAAGAAGAUUCCAGGUGCUCACGCUAUUGGCGUCAACUCUAUAAGUUGGUGCCCCGCUAUUUCUGCUGAUCUGAAUCUAGAUCCCCUCAGCAACAAGGAAGCACCAAAAAGAAUAGUAUCUGGUGGAUGUGAUAACUUAAUAAAGAUUUGGAGAGAGCAAGGUGACCAAUGGGUGGAGGAGAAUCGCUUGGAGAUGCACAUGGAUUGGGUGCGGGAUGUGGCAUGGGCUCCUUCUUUAGGUCUCCAAAGGUCCAUGAUGGCCAGCUGUUCUCAAGACAAGCGGGUUGUUAUCUGGACAAGUGAUGACAACAUUUCAUGGACCCCCACUAUUCUGAACACCUUUGAUGAUGUAGUCUGGAGUGUGAGCUGGUCAUUGACUGGGAAUAUUCUGGCAGUGUCUGGAGGGGACAACAAAGUCAGUCUCUGGAGAGAAGGAACUGAUGGCCAAUGGCUGUGCAUCAGUGAAGUAGCCAAAGGUCUUGGACAGACACCCAGCGAUGAAAGAAGUACACUGUAAUAUUCUAGUAAUAGUUCUGCCUGCAUUCUUCUGUUUAUAAUUUUGUCCAAUAGUCUGCUCUAGUGCUGUCCACUGGUCAGAGUGCACAACUUCUCUCUUUUCUACUACAUAAAACUGUUUGUUGACUUGAGCAUCACAUAAUGCUCUACAAAUUCUUUUUUAUGGGAAGAAAAAAUAAAAGGAAGAUAAUGACAUUGGUUGCUAUUCUUCAAGCAAAUCAAUAACAAUGCAUCAAAUCUGAUAAGUCUUGCGACUGAUUGCAGAUAAAAAGAACGGAAAAAAAAAUGGGAAGGGAUGAACAAUCUGGUUUGAUACAGUAAGUGGGAUGAAAAUUUGUCACCCAGUUGUCACCCGGGGGACAGUGCUAGAGGGGAAUACUGGUAAUAAUCUAUAUUUUUUUGUGUAUUUAAUUAUCUAAUUGUAAUAUAAUGUUACUAUAAGAAACUUG